AUGGCUCCCCGGGGCCCUGCGAAGGCUCGCGAGUAUGAUUAUGCCAAUGUCGGCAAAGCUGGAAGGCGCACCGGGUUAAUGUUGAAGGAAGGGAAACGUGAUGAAUAUGGAAUGGAAGAAGUUGAUGGUAUAUUCUCUUCGCCCGAGACGUCGCCCGUAAAAGAGAAUGGCUUCAGUGACCGAGCUGAGGAUUCUACUGGUUCGGAUGGCAUGUCUAUAGACGAAGGAAAUGGUCCGAACCCCACCGAUUUUCUCAAAAGCAGACGAAGCUCUUACUUCCCGCCUCCUGUUGCGCGCUCUCCUAUGAAGACCGGGCUGACUGGCUCACCUCGGAGAACUCCCGGCUUGCGAUCCUCCCAAAGUCCGCAACGCGAACAACCGUCUUCCAGUCCCUCAGACGGGAAGGGUCUGGGAAGUGCAAGGGGGGAAUCACGACGAGAUGUAUCUCCACUUACUAGUCGUUCCAUCAAUGCGCCACCAGUCCUGAACCACGUCAAUGGUGCACGGAACAACAAACUUAAUGCUGAACCAACAGAGGAGCCUAUGGACUCCGGCUUUUCCGAUAGCGAUGCUGAGAAUCAGCUAAACACAGACGAGAACGGACAUUCAUUUGUACAGACACACGACGACUUCGUUGACAGCUUCACUGCGGGCGAUGAUGCAUUGACGGACGACCAUGCAGAUGAACAAGACGACACUGGCGCCGACCUGGACUCGCCGGUAACCGUGUCAGAAUCCCGCAGCAGGAGAGGACAGGCCAAACCCGUUCCAAGGGUUGUUAGAGGUGUGAAAGGCGCAAGGGCCGGAGCAUCCACGGCCGCGCAGGAGCAUGAGAUUGAGGAAGAACAGCCGGCACAAAAACGCAAACGUCCGGGGAGGCCGCCGCGAACGCAACGCAAGUCUAGCAAUGAAGUGGAGAAAGAACGGCCGUCGAAAAGGCCUAGGGUAUCGGACAAAGCUGAUAAAAACCCAAGUCCUUCAGGCAAUGCAGAGCUGGACAAAGUGGUGGAGAACUAUGUCAAUCGCACAGGGCCAUUGAAGGGUCGGAGUCUAUAUAUCCUGAAGCGCGAAGUACCUUCCGAAGGCGCUGCCACCCAUACAAGAUCCGGGCGUGUUUCUGUAAGACCUCUUGCAUACUGGCGAAAUGAACGAUGUGUCUAUGGCGAUGGUGAAGCUGUGGAGGGCCAGCGGUAUCCGCUAUCAACCAUCAAGGAGAUUAUUCGCACGGAAGAACUCGAACCGGAGAAACCGAAAUCGAAUAAGCGCCGCCCUAAUAAGAAGUCCAAAUCAAGGAAGGGUAAAAACGACGAUUCCUCGGAUGAAGAAGACGGAUAUGUUGAUCCUUGGGAGAAGGAAAGCGGGAUUCUGCAUGGCUAUAUCAGGAGGUGGGACGAGGAAGCCCAGGCAGUUGGUGAAGAAGAGGACAUCGUUGACCUUGCGUACGCCCCUGCUGGGAUGGAGACAAGGAGUGUCAAGGACUCCUCGUGGCGGUUCGCCAAACUUCUCAGUUCGCCUUUCUUGGGCUCUGGGAUCGUGGAACUGCCGCCUGGAGGAGUAAAGAAGCCCAAGAAUUCCAAGAAGAUGCACAUGGUUUUCUACAUCUGCCAGGGUCGGGUUCAAGUAGACAUCUCCGGUGUUCGUUUCAGUGCCGGCAAAGGGUGUGUCUUCCAGGUACCGAGAGGCAACUAUUACAGUUUUGCCAAUACGCAGAAUAAGGAUGCCCGGCUGUUCUUCACUCAAGGCUGCGUCCCGGUGGAGAACGACGACUCUGCUCCCGGGUCGGCGACCAAACCCGGUGCCAUGGAUGGGGACUCCAGCACCCCGACUGGCCGUCCGACCGGCGUAAAAGGCCGACCGAAGGGCAAACAGAAAGCAGGCGGACGUAAGGCAACGUGA